CAAAUUACGGUACACAUUGUAGCGUUUAUGCUUGCAUUGGAAGACAUAUGUUGUCUGGACAUUACCCUGACACAUUUUAAAGUUUAGAAUGGAAAUGAAUCUUUCAAAUGGUAUUUACAGCAAUCUUUCCAAUCGCUAAACAGACUUCAUGGUUUUCCAUAAUAUUUGACAUCCCACAUUUUCUGCUUUACCCAGUAUACAAGCCUUUGGACCCAUGUCAACAGCCAGUGACAGGUUGUUUGGUGCUUUAAUGGCAGAGUGACAUGUAUAACCGAUGGGACACGCUUGUAACCAUCAACUGUUUGUACACACACGUCCGACCUGUUUUCCAAACUCACAACGUGGUUGGGACAAAAAACGUCCAAAUCCUUGAUCCGCUGACUUGUAAACUCCAACCGAACAGGCAAACAGCUAGCUGAAUGGGAGAUUAUUGGUAGAUUAUCGUGUAUAGUCUGACAACAACGUUUGCACAGCAAGAGAAAGUCAUUCUACAUGCAGAAAUGGUACAGCAUACCUUCUAUUGUAAUGAUUAAAUCCACUUUGAGGAACGAAAUAGCGAUCUAUGUUGCAGUUUAUCUCACUGACUGAGAAUUUACUAUAAGUAAAAGGGACAGUUUAGUCUACAGGCAUAUCUGUGGCAUUGUUUACACUGUCGGAACAAUGUUAAGUCACGAAGUACAAACAGAUUUGUAGAGGAUUUAGCGGUCGUUUGUUGGAAAGCGGCACGUUGCCACCCGCAGACCGCAGGUGUGUCGUUUGAGAAAGAUAUCUCUCUCUGUGUGGAGAUAACGUUUUGUCACAGCUACUCCAGUGUGUGAGUAUAAAGCACCAUGUACUAAGCGUGAGGACCGUGCUUUUUGGUGAGGUUGAACCUGUAUUUUGAUUGCAUUGAAAGGUUAAAGAGACAAGUGCAUACCACAGUCAAGUUCUGCUUUCUUGGGUGCAAAGAGUCCGCGACGAGGUAGGCAGUACCAGUAGGCGGGCAGCACGGCCAUAUUCCAAGCGAGAACAGGCUCGAGCUCUGUCACUUAAUCCAGACAUCACAUUAGCGUGGGAUGAUGAUGCGCUUAUCAGUGACUUAUAUCCGGGAUUGGGUGGGACAUAAUUAAGUGACGCAUCUUCCGUAUGGAGCACGUGUAGACAAGAACAGUCAAGGUUGAAAGUACAGAAAACACAACUGGCAAGAUGUACACGGGCACCAGUCAGGACAAAAAGGUUCCCGGAGUGGCGGGGGCAGGGGCAAGAUACGCCAAGAAAAAAAUAAAGUCAUCCAAAAACGGCUGGGUUGGGAUUGACGAAAGUGACGCCAAACUGGCCAAUCAGGACAUAGAUGACGAUCUGUCCCACUCUCUGGAUAGGAUCCAUCUACAGAAGUAUCGUACGAUGAUCGAGAGAUCCUACAACACUAGAGGCAUCAGGAGACAACACACAGACUUAUCUAUUCAGAGAGACAUCGCCCUGAAACUCGACCUGGACUCUGCACUGAGCAGGCCACCGCGCUCAAAGCUCGAACGGCCAGGGAGCUCUCUAGCGGAUUCUAGUAUGACUGCAGCUGGGAGGAGACCGAGGACAGCAACGCCGACUAACGGCAGACAGAAGAAACGCAGGAACGCGACGGCUGUCGCUCCAAACAGUGACCGAUUACUUCGAAGCAGAAGCGCCUCCUCUUUUGGCGACAAGUCAAAAUUAGACGAGAAACGAGGGAGAACUCUGUCAACAGACUCAGAACUGUCAGUGAUCUCAAAGAGUAGCGAGACUAGUACCAGUACUGAAGCGGACGAUAUUAGUGUUGUUACCGCAAGCACACAACCUAGACUACUGAGGAGAGACAGACCCAGUACUGUCUCGGGCGAUAGGAUACUCGAACGUGCAAAUAGUCGUGACAAUGAUCCGUACUAUGGAAAAUCACCUUAUACCUUGACGACGUCAACGUUCACGUUAUCAGGAGCUGCACGAUCUCCGAAUCCCGUUAGGGGGCGCCCCAGACCGAAGACUGCUGUUCCGCAAAGUCGGACAAGAAACUCACGGGCUGAAGCCCAAUCGUUAAGAUUACUGAAGUCUAAGACACACAUAGAUGAACUGCUUGGCUCUGAGAUAGAGGCUAGAAGGAAGGCGCAUGAAGAACAGAGAAAAGCCUUGAAGGAGGAAACGGAAAGAAAAUUGAGAGAAAAAGUAGAAAACUUUUGCCAGAGAUUGGACGAAUUUAAGAAACAACAAAAAGACGAAGCAAACAUGUUUCGACCAAGGCAUUUCAAUUUCGCCCACUUUUAGUACGUAGGUCAGAUUUGUGAAGAGGAAUUCCCAUGGAAUGGGCAAAAACGUCAUGUACA